CUGAAGCACCAUGACUCAGGGCUACGCUGCUGCCACUAGACACACUAACUACAACAGGAAAUGCCUCCCUUUCUCACACAUUGACCUGCAAAUUACAGGACGAGAUGAAAAGAGGAAGAAAAAUUGUAAAGGAGAGAAAAGGGGGAGUGUUUGAGACACUAAAAAGGCCAGAGAGAGAGGAAAGAGGAGGGAGAAGCCAAUUCACAUUGUAUUUGUUUAGACUUGUCGCAGCGUAUCAGAAGUUUGUUGUAAGAACACCUUCCACUCAGGCCUGUCGUAUACCACUGGUAAAGGAAAGCACACUACGCUUAGAGUCAAUGUGUGUGUGUUUGUGAGCGAGCAAGAUGCCCAGAAGGACUGUGUCAGUUCCCCAUCCCAACGGGGAUCCAACUCCAAGUAAUUUGGGAGAGAAAGCCCCUCUCAAUUCAAAUGGAGACCCCCACGCUGGAGCCCCCGAGGAAAAGGUGGAACUGCGGAAGAAAGUGACCCUGCUCCGAGGAAUCUCUAUUAUCAUUGGGACGAUCAUUGGAGCAGGGAUAUUUAUCUCUCCGAAGGGAAUUCUGAAGAACUCGGGCAGCGUGGGAAUGUCACUGGUGGUGUGGAUUGCCUGUGGGAUUCUCUCUCUUUUCGGUGCUCUAUCAUAUGCUGAGCUGGGUACCUGUAUUAAAAAAUCUGGUGGCCAUUACACGUACAUUCUGGAGGCGUUUGGUCCGCAAGUGGCUUUUGUGCGUUUGUGGGUCGACAUGAUUGCCAUAAGACCUGCAGGUUUGGCUGUGAUCGCUCUGGCAUUUGGCCGCUAUAUUUUAGAGCCCAUCUUCAUGCCAUGUGGAGUUCCAGAAAUUGCCAUUAAAUUGGCCACAACAAUCGGAAUCACUAUGGUAAUGUAUCUAAACAGCAUGAGUGUUAGCUGGACUGCCAGAAUCCAGAUCUUCCUCACAUUCAGCAAGCUGCUCGCUAUGGCCAUCAUCAUCAUUCCAGGAUUAUACCAACUCUUCAAAGGCGAGACCAAAAACUUUGAAAAUGCAUUUGAAGUCAACUCCAUAGAUUUGACAGGACUUCCUCUCGCCUUCUACUCUGGGAUGUACGCCUAUGCCGGCUGGUUUUACUUGAAUUUCGUGACUGAGGAGGUGGAGAAUCCUGAGAGGACGGUGCCUCUUGCCAUCUGCAUCUCCAUGGUGAUAGUAAUGAUCUGUUACACAAUGACAAAUGUGGCAUAUUACACGGUGAUGUCAGCAGAGGAGCUGUUAGCCUCCAGUGCCGUAGCUGUGACAUUUGCAGAGAAGCUGAUGGGAAACUUCUCAUUUGCAGUUCCGGUUUUUGUGGCUCUGUCUUGUUUUGGGUCCAUGAAUGGAUGCCUAUUUGCGAUUUCAAGAAUGUUCUUCGUGGCCUCUCGAGAAGGUCAGCUUCCUGAAGUUCUCUCUAUGAUUCACAUACGCCGACACACGCCAUUACCUGCUGUGAUUGUCCUGUAUCCGAUCACCCUACUGAUCCUCUUCUUAGGAGAUAUCUACAGUUUGUUGAACUUCAUGAGCUUCCUGCGCUGGUUGUUCAUUGGUGUGGCUGUGGUCGGCCUCAUCUACCUGCGCUACACUCGCCCUGAUAUGCCACGACCGUUUAAGGUCCCUAUUUUCAUCCCUGCUGUGUUCUCCUUCACCUGUUUCUUCAUGGUCUUCCUUUCUCUAUAUUCGGAUCCAAUUAAUACAGGGAUUGGCUUCGCCAUCUCUCUCACAGGCAUCCCUGCGUACUUCAUAUUCAUCCACUUCGAAAGAAAACCCAAAUGGUUCCAGAAAUUGUCAGACUCUGUGAACAGAUCACUACAGAUCAUCCUAGAAGUGGUUCCUGCCGAACACUGACCGUUAAUCUUUUUCUUUGCACAUGAAUGUGUUUAGAUUAUAUAGCAUCUGUUAAUACACGUAGUAUCUAGUACAGUAGUUCUCAACUGGUGGGUCACAGCCAAAAAAA